AUGCGCGCUCUCUCCCUACUCCAGUUGGCGCUGUUACCUCGCGCAUUUACAGCUACGGUUAUCAGGACUCUAAGUAUCGAAAACGGGGUUGUUGGACCCGACGGGUACUACCGACCUGCUGUAGUGGUGAACGGACAAACUCCUGGGCCAAUCAUCUCGGGAACGAAGGGCGAUUUGUUCAGCAUCGACGUCAUCAACAAGCUCUGGGACCAACGUAUGGACGUCGUGACGAGCAUCCACUGGCAUGGAAUUGAUCAAUUGCACUCAAAUUGGGCGGACGGUGUUGACUCGAUCACUCAGUGCCCUAUAAUUCCAGGACGCACCUUUCGCUACAAGUUUAACAUCCAUGAACAAGCUGGCACCUUUUGGUACCACUCGCACUAUGCAAAUCAGUACUGCGAAGCUCUUCGCGGAGUAUUUGUUGUUUAUGACCCCGAAGACCCCCACGCGCAUCUCUACGACAUUGACGAUGAAUCGACAGUACUCACACUAGGCGACUGGUACCACUAUCUUAGCCACGAACAACCGAACAUCCCUGCUCCCAAUUCCUCGCUUAUCAACGGAUUGGGGCGGUAUGCGGGUGGUCCCGCCUCUCCACUCGCGAUCGUGCAUGUCCGGAAGGGGAUACGGUAUCGCUUCCGGCUUGUCAAUAUAGCAUGCGACCCGAAUUUCCUGUUUUCCAUCGAUGCUCAUGACCUUACUGUGAUCGAAGUCGAUGGGACGAACGUGCAGCCUCUGCAUGUAAGCCGGAUCCAUAUAUUCAUCGGUCAACGCUAUUCUUUCAUCCUUCAUGCCAACCAACCCGUGGAUAACUACUGGAUACGGGCACUUCCUAAUUUCGAUCCUCCGACCAAUUUCACCAAUGGGCUAAAUAGCGCGAUUCUUCGGUACAUUGGAGCCGAACCUCUCGAUCCCCGCACGAGCGAUGCCGAUGCAGCUCGCCGCCCUCUUGUUGAAUCACACCUUCAUCCCCUGGUACCGACUCCUCCGCCGGCCGAGGUUGAUCAUACUGUGGUUCUUAACGUCGGCACAAACAAGGCCGUGACCGAGUUUGUCAUCAACGGCCACACGUUCUCAAGCCCGGAUCCAGUGCCUGUUCUUCUUCAAAUUCUCAGCGGUGCAUCGAGGGCCAUUGAUCUGCUUCCCGCUGGCAGCAUCUUCACCCUGCAAAGAAAUCAGACUGUCGACAUCAAGAUACCCGGCGGUGUUAUUGGUGGACCCCAUCCCGUGCAUCUCCACGGCCAUACCUUCUGGGUUGUGCAAAGUGCCGGUCAGCACACACAAAACACGAUUGAUCCGGUUCUGCGCGAUGUCGUCAGCAUCGGCGAACUUGGUGACAAUGUUACUCUUCGCUUUCGUACAGAGAAUCCAGGUCCUUGGUACCUACACUGCCAUAUUGAUUGGCACCUCACUGCGGGAUUUUCAGUCGUAAUGGCGGAAGACGUACAGGAUGUCUCAGCUGAUGAAGCACCACCUGCUGAAUGGAAUCAACUAUGCCCUCUCUACAUUAACUUCACCGCGUCUCAAGAGUUCUCAGAGUCUUGA